AACUUUUCCCAGCCAUUUCAAGCCUAGGUACAGACCAGUCUCUCCUGUGGGAUGGGCAUCGAUACAGGGCGAAAGAUCAAAGAUUUCCGGUUGACUUUAUUUCCCCCGCAUUUUACAGUGUAGAUAGGUUUAAAGAAACUUUUCUUUUCUUUGGUUUUCAUAGGCUUUUGUUUAAAUGCAUCUUCCUUUUUCUGUUAUUGUUUUGUGCGCCAACGAGAACGGGAGGCACCCGUGGGGCUAAACCCGAAAGACCCCCCCCCCCCUUCCUCCUCAAGCCAAAAAGCUUCAGGAAUGAAGACAAGACACAUGAAGUCAACUCCAUAGGCAGGACGCUGUGGAAAAAAGAAAAAAGAACUAUAUUACAAAACCAGAAGAGAAGAAGGACCGACGAUUUAUGGAAAGAAAAUGUUAGGAUUGUUAUAAUUUCUCUGACAUUUAUCAAUAAGGAGUGGAAACAAUAAGUGGAAACGAACUGAAAACAGCUGGUAGCUGUAAGAUCAGACAUAAUCAAAAUGUUACAUAUAAUACUUUUAGUUACAGUGUUGCACCUCAGAAAUAGUGAGAGCUUCCCAAACAGCAGACUUGACAGCAGUGAUGAAGAUGGUGACUCCGUUUAUUACCACACCGCGGAAGCUGAACCCUACGGCAGGAAUGGGACGGAGUGUGAGCAGUGUGUGCCGGAUCAGUGCCCGGCAGCUGCGGGCUGCAGAGCCGGGCUGGUUCUGGAUAGAUGCGGCUGCUGUUACGAGUGCGGCAACUCGGAAGGGCAGCUGUGUGACCUGGAUAACAUCAACGUCUUUUACGGUCUCUGUGGAUCCGACCUGCAGUGUAAAAUCGACAUGUCGGAUCUGAGACACGGGGAAGUUCUUGAGCCGCAGUGUGUGUGUGUGUUUCAGGAGGCAGUGUGUGCUUCGGACGGUAGGACCUUUUUAAGUCUUUGUCAGUUUAAAGAUGCCGCUUAUUCACAGCCAGGACUGCGCGUCCACAACGGCGGGCCAUGUCAAACAGUUCCCCUUAUCAAGGUGCCUCCACACAACCGCGUCAACGUGAGCGGCAGCACCGUGGUCUUCCUCUGCGAGGUGUUCGCCUUCCCCAUGGCCUUGAUAGAGUGGCGGAAAGAGGGCAGCAACCUCAUUCUACCAGGGGAUGACCCUCACAUCUCUGUACAGUCACGCGGAGGCCCAAUGAAAUACGAGCUGUCUAGCUGGCUACAAAUCGAGGGUGUCGUCCCAGGGGAUGCAGGCAUGUAUCACUGUGUGGCCCACAACCAGCUGGGCAACGUCUCUGCGUCCGCAGUGCUGGGAGUUCUGAGACCAGAGGAGGUGUCUGCGUUUUCCUCAGAAGACAUGCCAGCAUCGUUUGCUUAUGAUCCACAGGGCGACUUUGACGAAGACUAUUACUAAUACUGUCAUCUGACCGCAUAUGGCGCAGUCCUGCCCGAUGCAAGCCGAAGCUGCUGAAGUCUGCGCUACAGACUGUGCUUGCGGUCAGCACCACUUCCCGAGGUUCCCCUCUGUGAACGGGACCUUAACAGCUGCUGCAAAUGGGCUUCCAUGGCAUUGGCCUGAUUCAGGAAUAAAGCAAACGGAGAGGAGCUUUGUUGACACAGGCUACUGGCAUGACUGGCUUUAUUGCCCAAAGAAGCUGAAGAAGGCCACAAUUUAAGAUAUCAUAUGCAUUGCCAAUGUGUGUUAUUUUAAACAAAAGAAGAUGCAGAUGGGUGUUUUAAAGAUAUGUCCUAUUUCCUCUGGGAUUAUAUACAUACAUUGCAAAAAAGCUUUUGAUUUUUGAGCAUGUAAUACAUUAUCUAAAUUAUCUAAAUAACCUAUUGUCAGAAAGCUAUCCUGACAAUGCCCUUUAUGAUAUCCCAGACGUGUCACUGGAAUAUGUUAUGAACGUCUUACUGUGUCCUUUUCUAAUUAUUAUUUAGCUUAGUUUUUUUGUUUCCAUAUAUGGUAUCUCUUUAAUCCGUGGACCACAUGUGUCAGCAAGCCAAGCUCAUAUAGUGAAGUCUAGUCUGCAGAUGGUUUUAAUGUUUGGCAACACUCAAGAAUCCAGCAAUGAAUGGUGUCCUCAUCAUAUGACAGGGAAGUUGUUAAUCAUGAUUGCAGGUGACAUGUUGCUAAGUCACGGAUUCCCUAACUAACCAACAACCUCAGCAACCCUUCCCCCCCCCUUGCAUGAACUCACUCUGCUUUUUAAAACACCCUCCCACCUGGAGUCUGUUUUCUCUUCUGUGUUCCUCUGCCAACAUACUGCUCCCGUUUAUAUAUUUUUAUGAAAAGAUCAAGAAUCCCUUGAAUGUGACAUUUUCCAGCCCUACAGUAGAGUUCACUCAUUAAUCUAAUGCAUAUUUUUUUCCCCUUAAAACUCCUACGUGAAGUUUGGUUUUUGUUUUGUUUAGGCAAUUUAGAUGCUUGUACACAUAAUUGGCACAAUCUAGAUUCUACUGUUGUUUCUGGUAUUAUUGUAUUUCUAUGCGUGAAAAUACAUUUAAAUAAAGUCGUCUUAUGAUCACA